AUGGUUUUCUUCCGUGUACCCAACCAACGCCGUCGCAAGGAAGCAAACCGCAAACCGAUGCAAAGGAAGGCAAUCACUGCUUGCGAUCAAAACUCUACGAUAGGGAUCACAUGGUUACGUAGCAUGCGACGGCUUCAUCUGUCCAACCGACACCUGCGCGUCAUGUUGUGGUGUAUUCUCCUAGGUUUGCAGCCAGCCUUCGGUGGCAUACUUGACCCGUUCAACUGGGCUCGUUCAGACCGUAUCGAGGUCAACAUACCCUGGUUACCAUUUGAAAAUGAAACCAGAUGCUACGAUGAGCUAGGAUGUCUGAACAUCACUAGGAGUUGGUAUCAUCUCAUACAUAGACCAUUCAAUGUCUUCCCACUGCCAAGGAUUGUAAUCAAUACGAGGUUUAUCUUGUACACAAAGAAGAAUCCGACCGAUGGACAGUUAUUAAACGUAAAUGUCAAUAAAACAAUAUUUAAGUCAAACUUUAGUCCUCACAAGCCCACUAAGAUGAUUAUUCACGGUUUCAUCGAUACUCCAUUGUCUAAUUGGGUAAGUGAAAUGAAGGAUGAACUCGUGAAAGCGGGUGACUUCAAUGUUGUCGUAGUUGACUGGGCUGGCGGUAGUCUCCCUCUGUACACUCAAGCGACCGCCAACACAAGACUAGUGGGGCUAGAAGUUGCACACUUCAUCAAAGUCUUACAGAAAGAUCACGGGUUGAACCCACUGGAUGUUCAUAUUAUAGGACAUUCUUUAGGUGCCCAUACGGCAGGCUACGCAGGUGAAAAAGUACCGGGCAUAGGAAGAAUUACAGGCCUGGAUCCUGCAGAGCCGUACUUCCAAGGAAUGCCUACACACGUGCGACUAGACCCGACUGACGCGCAGCUAGUUGACGUCAUACACACUGAUGGAAAAAGCAUUUUCCUCUUAGGAUAUGGAAUGUCGCAACCAGUUGGACAUUUAGACUUCUACCCAAAUAAUGGCAAGGAGCAACCUGGUUGUGAUCUCACCGAGGGCCCCUUAGUACCACUGACUCUUGUAAAACAAGGGCUUGAAGAAGCGUCCAGGGUUCUGGUGGCCUGCAACCAUGUUAGGGCCAUUAAACUUUUCACCGAGUCUAUCAAUGGAAAGUGUUCUUAUAUUGGCCAUCAGUGUCCAUCAUAUCAACACUUUUUGGAAGGAAAAUGUUUUCACUGCGGACACGGCUGCGCAAUAAUGGGAUUCCAUGCAGACAGCUCUCCAGGUUUGAUCACUAACAAGAACAACCAGUCAGAGAAUGAAGUGUAUCCCUCAGAAGAGCAUGACACUAUAGGAGCCAAAUAUUUUCUCAGCACUGGCAAGGAAUUGCCUUUCUGCCAACGACAUUACAGAGUGGCAAUUCAAUUGGCAAAUCCCAAGGGCGCUGAAUCGUGGGUUCAGGGGUUCCUGAAAGUGACUUUAAUGUCAGACCGAGGUGUAAUUAGAGGAAUGGACCUAACACCAGCCAAUUACGUGAAAUUAGAGCACGGCACUACUUACACUAUAGUAGUUACACACCCAACCGACCUGGGUGGUAAAGUAAGAAAGGUGGAGUUAUCGUGGGAGUACGAUAUGAAUGUACUAGAGCCCCGAUCCCUGUGCAUUCUGUGGUGCAACGAUCGUCUAUACGUGAAAUCAGUUCUGGUCGAUCAAAUGGAACUGCCAAGUAGAGGAAAACGUAACGUGGACUUCAGCACGAAAUUGUGUACGCCGAAGCGGGAAUUUGCUGAAAUCCCCAAUAGGGGUUCCGCAAGCUUUUACGACAACUGCAGCAGGUAG